GAGAGGGAGGAAGAGAGAAAGUGAGGAAGAGAAUGUGAAAAAAGAAAGGAAACAGAUGUGUGGGAGAAAGAGGAAGAGACUGAGAGUGGAGAGAGACAGCUGAAGAGAGAAGUGAAACGUGAGGGAACAAGGGGAGGAUUUUUAGACAGGAGAGACUGGAGAGAGGUGACAUAGGAAGACAGAGAGAGAGACAGAGAGAGGGAGAGGAGGGAAACUCACAAACAAGGCAGAGAAGAAAGGAAAGUGAAUAUCAGGUGAGGAGACAGACCAACAGAAAGGCAGUGUCUAAGACACAAAAAGACACAGACCCUAUCGCUGGGACACUAGAACUGGCCUCCUCUGACCUUCGAGCCCUGACCCAGCUCUGCUCAGCCUCCAUCAGUAGAGACACAGCCUCUUUCUCUUUCUCUGAAAGCUGUCGAUGGAGCAGGGCCGACCCCGGAGCAGCCUCAGCCUGGCCAGCAGCGCCUCCACCAUUUCUUCGCUGAGCAGCCUGAGCAGCAAGAAGCCUACUCGUGCAGUACACAAGGUCCAUGCCUUCGGCAAGAGGAGCAAUGCAUUGCGGCGAGACCCCAACCUGCCCGUCCACAUCCGUGGCUGGCUGCAUAAGCAGGACAGCUCAGGCCUCCGGCUGUGGAAACGCCGUUGGUUCGUCCUCUCUGGCCAUUGCCUCUUCUACUACAAGGACAGCAGAGAGGAGAGUGUCCUGGGCAGCGUGCUGUUGCCCAGCUACAGUGUCAGGCCAGAUGGGCCGGGAGCCCCCCGAGGCCGGAGGUUCACCUUUACAGCGGAGCACCCAGGCAUGAGGACCUACGUCCUGGCCGCUGACACGCUGGAGGACCUGAGAGGUUGGCUUCGGGCUCUGGGAAGGGCCUCUCGUGCAGAGGGGGAUGACUGUGGACUAUCUGGGUCACCUGCACGUCCGCAGCCUGGGGAAGGGCCGGGGGGCCCGGGAGGGCCCCCAGAGGUGAGCAGAAGGGAAGACGGUCGCGUCUCAGAAUCACCGGAAGUCGCUCGGCUGUCCAGAGGUCGUGGCAGACAUGGAAUGCACACUCCCAGCCCUACAGCUGGCCUGCACCCUGGCACCUGGAGUCGGCGGACCAGGAGCCCAGAGCUGUUCUCACCCCUGUCCCGCCCGCCCUCUCCUCUGAGCCUUCCCCGUCCUCGUUCUGCCCCGGUGCGGCGAUCCCCUGUCUCAGCAGGAGACAUUUCAGUUCCUGUCCGACCUCACACUCCCUUGAGUCGCAUCGAUGUCCGACCUCCUCUGGAUUGGGGACCUCAAAGACAGACCCUCUCCCGACCUGCCACUCCACGCCGAGCACCCUCCUCCGAAGCUGGCGGAGCACGGGCACCCAGGAGUCCCCAGCCCUGGAGAAAAGAGCCUAGAACGCAGUCUACCCAGGCCUCCUCUGGUUCAUCCACCUAUCUCCAGCUGCCUCCAAGACCCCCUGGGACCCGGGCCUCCAUGAUUUUGCUGCCAGGUCCCCCGGUGGACUCAACUUUGCAUCAGAGCUUGGAGACAGAUACUCUGCUGACCAAGCUGUGUGGGCAGGACCGGCUCCUGAGGCGACUACAGGAGGAUCUGGACAAGAGGCAGGAGGAGAAGGAGCAGCUAGAGGCAGCUUUGGAGCUGACCCGGCAGCAGCUGGGCCAAGCUACCAGGGAGGCUGCGGCUUCUGGGAAGGCCUGGGGUCACCAGCGCCUCCUGCAGGACCGGCUGGUGAACGUGAGGGCUGCUCUGUGUGACCUGGCUCAGGAGCGAGAGCAGGUUUGGGACACAUACAGGAGCCUGGAACAGGACCUGGGCACCUUAAGAGAGACCCUCGAGUACCUGCUGCACCUCGGGUCUCCCCAGGACCGUGCGUCUGCUCAGCAGCAGCUGUGGAUGGUGGAGGACACACUGGCAGGUCUAGGUGGCCAACACAGACAGCCCCCACAUACUGAGCCCAAGUCUCCAUCCCCGGCACCCAAAGGAGAGGAGUCCUCGGAGCGAGAGAGCCUCCCGGAGUCACUGGAGCUGAGCUCCCCGCAGUUGGCUGAGGCGGACUGGGGUGGACCCCCAGGAGGCGACGCAGCCCUCAGCAGCCCUCACUCAGGUGUUGGGUCUCCAAGGGUCUCCCGGGCAUCCAGCCCUGAAUAUCGACAGCCGUCCCCGCCGCUGAGAACGAAGGCCCCGGUGGCGCGACCUCGCAUGAGCGCUCAGGAGCAGCUAGAGCGCAUGCGUAGAAACCAAGCAUGUGGGCUCCCUCUCCCUCGCCCUGCCUCCCCGAGGCUCCUGACCCUAGGGAAGGCACUGUCCCCAGCUGGCCGCCAGCCUGAUGUGGAGCAAAGGCCUAUUGUAGGAGCUUCGAAAUGGCUCAGGAGUUCUGGGUCCUGGAGUAGUCCCAGGCACUCCACAACCUCUGCGCCCGUAUCUGAGGGCCACCGAGAGCGGGUCCUCAGCCUCUCCCAAGCUCUAGCCACAGAGGCUUCCAAGUGGCACAGGCUGCUGACAGCCUCUCCAGGGGAAGAAUCGGAUGCCAGGGGAGACCGUCUCCCGCCAGGCCCACAGCCUCCGAGUGAAGAACAGCCCCAGGCCACCUUGUCCCCAACUCCUCACAAGGCUAAUUCUGCCACCACAGGGUUCUCAUGCCAGGGGAGUGGGCGAGGCCUGGCCCAGUGGGAGCCCAGCUGGGACCCUGGGAACGCCCCUACCGCUCUGCCCCAGGAUGAGGGAGCAUGGCCCCUGAGGGUCACUCUGCUGCAGUCCAGCUUUUGACUUGCCUCUUCGCACUCCCACUCCCGAGUGGUGCAAGCUGGCAACACAGCCUUGAGGUUCGAGACCUUUCAGGUCCACAGGGGAGGGGGUCAUUCCCGCCUGUGUGCUAGGAGGGUCGGGCUGCCAUAGCCAAAGACUUAUUAUCCCAACACUGUCCAAACUUGGAUUAAAACUUUCAACUGUUAGUCAAUAAAUAGCUUUCUUCUCUCUGCA